AGAGAGUAUGUGCUCAUAUACAACAUGUGUUUUGUUAUCACAUUUAUUUUGAUAAUAAUCUGUAAAAUAGUUGCACACUUAAAUACACUUCGUCAUUUUCUGUCCUGAGCUUCUACUUUUAAAGCUAGGUAUUAAUUUAGUUAAUAACAAAACCAGCAGUUAUCCUGCAUUCAAUUAAUUAUGCAAUGUAAUAAAUUAGUUUAUACAUUCAUAGUCUUACAAAUUCGACCGGCCCUUUAAGAGCAACCAUAAUGCUGAUGUGGCACAGGAUGAAAUUGCGUUUGACACCCCUGAGGAAGAGUAUGAGGAAGAUGUGAUGGAUGAGGAGUAUGAGAAAAUGUGGUGGAUAAAAAGGAAGAGUAUGAAUAAGAGGUGGUGGAUGAGGAGGAAGAGUAUGAGGAAGAUGUGGUGGAUGAGGAGAAAGUUUAUGAAUAAGAGGUGGUGGAUGUAGAGGAUAAGUAUGAGAAAAAUGUGGUGAAUGAAAAGAAAGAGUAUGAGAAAGAGGUGAUGAAUAAAGAAGAAUAAGAUUCUUUCAUGAGGAUUCAUGACUGCAGACAUAAAAAAAUGUGCAGAAUGAUGGGUGGAGCCACGUAAACACUUCAGGUGUAUAAGAUCAUAAGUGAAAGUUUCUGUUCAAUCAUCUGUCAAACUCUCAUGAACCGAAUUUAUUGAGAUACUUUAGAUGAUUCUGAACAAACAUAAUUUUGAGCUGAAGUUUUGGAGUGAUGGGGUUCAUUUGUGUGACUUUGAUGAUUAUUAUUGGAAUCAUAGAUUUAAAAGCAGCAAAUCUACACGGGCAUGCCAUUAAAGGUCUUAAGGUCCCAAAUCGCUUGAACCCAGAUCAGUUUGAUGUUGUUGGACCUGCAGCUCAUCUCCUCGCUAUAGUUGGUGAAGAUGUGAUUCUGCCCUGCUCUCUCAAACCCCAAAUCAGUGCUGUAAACAUGAGAGUCGAGUGGUUUAGACUUGAUCUCAAAGUAGUUCAUCUCUAUGAAAAACAUAAAGAUAAAAACACAAAUCAGCUUCAGUCUUACAGAGGAAGAACUGAAUUGUUUAGAGAUGAACUACAGAAAGGAAACACAUCACUCAAACUCUCAAGAGUUCAGAUCUCUGAUGAAGGACUUUAUACAUGUUUCAUUCAGUCCAAAACUUGGUAUGAUGACAUCACUGUUGAUCUCAAAGUUAAAGGUCAGUUUGAUGUUGUUGGACCUGCAGCUCAUCUCCUCGCUAGAGUUGGUGAAGAUGUGAUUCUGCCCUGUUCUCUCAAACCCAACAUCAGUGCUGUAAACAUGAGAGUCGAGUGGUUUAGACUUGAUCUCAAAGUAGUUCAUCUCUAUGAAAAACAUAAAGAUAAAAACACAAAUCAGCUUCAGUCAUACAGAGGAAGAACUGAAUUGUUUAAAGAUGAACUACAGAAAGGAAACACAUCACUCAAACUCUCAAGAGUUCAGUUCUCCGAUGAAGGAUACUAUACGUGUUUCAUUCAGUCCAAAACCUGGUAUGAUGACAUCACUUUUGAUCUCAAAGUUGAAAGUGAAUUGUUUAGGUCUGGGAAGACACCAGUGAUCUGGAUUUUAUUUGCUGUUUUGAUCGUGGUAAUCGCUGUUUUAAUCUACUGUUGCAAAGGCAAGUGUUGUUGAGCUCCUCCAACACCGUCGGCACCCAGAUAUGGCGGAGCAACUGGCACCAGGCCUUAGUUGUUUAAUUCUUGAAAACUGAUGUUAGUCUGGGCACCCAUAUAUUAUUAUAUAGUGUUAGUAUUGUAUCAACCUCAUUACUGUAUUUUAUAUUCACUUCACUGUUGAUGGUGAAAAGAUCUGUAUACAGUCAUGCCAAUAGACAGCAACAUACAUUUACAUGAGUUGUUCAUUUAUGUAUAUACAAUUAUUACAAAAUCUGAUUUGCAAAGUAGACGUGCAAACUUAGAAAAUUUUGAGAGGAAAAUCAUGCAUUAUUAUAGGAAGGACAUAUAUCACAUGUUUUUAGUUUAAAAAUUGUACCUUUUUUUGUUGUUGUUGUUCAAACAAUGUCUUAAUAUGUAUGGGUGACUGUGAUAGUACAUAGGGCUGAGCAAUCUGUGCUUUUGUUCAUUGUCUCUUACGGUCAAAAGAUGAGAAAUAUGUUUUUUGUGUACACAGAAAAAGUCUUAUAUCUUUGAGUUCAGCUCAUAAA